AUGGCUGCACUAGAUUGGGCUUCCAACACCUCCACAUUCACAAUUGGAUGUUCUAGUUAUGAUGUGUUCCUCAACUUCAGGGGCGAAGAUACUCGUAAUAACUUCACUGGAUUCCUCAACUUGGUUUUGAAAAACAGAGGAAUUGAUGUAUUUAUUGACAGUAAGAAGUUGUGGACUGGAGAAGCCAUUGGCUCAGCCUUACUUAGAGCUAUUGAGGGGUCCAAAAUCUCCAUCCCUGUCUUCUCCCAAGGUUAUGCUCACAGCAAAUGGUGCCUGCUGGAACUUGCACAGAUUUUUCAAUGUUACAACUCCAGCAAUCAACUGGUUUUGCCCAUAUUCUUUGAUGUUGAGCCAUCUAGUGUUCGGAAUCAAACCGGAAGUUUUGAAGAAGCAUUUCGAGAGCACGAGAAGAAUUAUGAACCCCAUAUCGUAGAAAGUUGGAGGAAAGCUUUGAGUGAGAUAGGAAAUUUGAAAGGAGAAGUUAUUGAUAAACACAAGUAA